AAUAAACGUCACGACGUUGUCAUUAAAUUUUUAGGUUAAGUCUUGACAGCUCAUUUCAAAACAAAUUCAAAAAGUAUGGAGGAAGAAGAUAAAAAGGAUGACGAUGUGUUAAAAAAGAUCCAAAAUGACGACUUUAUCAAGGGAUUUCUCAAUUCCGGAACCGCUAAAUCUGUCCUAAGCACCUCUUUGAGUAUAACUGAGCAAGUAAAAAAAUUGGGAGAAGCUAUCGACCAGUUGAAUCGUGAACUUCAGAAGCAAGUGCUUGAAAAACAUACAGACUUGCUUCAGCAGGCAAGCCAUGCUACAAAGCUAGAAGUAGUCUUAAAUACAAUGAAUAUGCAUGUACAAAGCUUGUUUGCAAAUGCCGAACGCCUAAAAACACAGAUUUCUGUGCCAUACAAUGAGUUAGAAAAACACACAGUGGUAUUAGGGAGAUUGCAUCUAGCCAGCCAUAUAUUGAGACAAGUUAAUAGAUUGCAACAACUUAGCAAAAGAUUGAGCUGUACUGUUGAUCCUGUCCAAAAAGCUACAAUUCUCCAAGAAUUAGAAAAUCUGGCAAGUGAUCCUGAGCUAGAGGACAUAGAUGCAGUUACUACUGAGCUAAGAAAUAUAAGAGCACAACAACAGAAAAUUGUUCAAAUGGCCAAUGGGUCUUUACAUCAGGGGAUCAACCAUGAAAAUGUUACACAGACUACAACUGCAUUGCAGAUAUUCAUCAAUUUAGGAAUGAUAAAAUCAACAAUUGACAGUUUUGUUGAGCACAGUCUCUAUGAAUGUCGUGAAGGAUGGAAAUCUGCUUUUGAAGUAUCUUCUGCUUCAAGCAAAACAAAAGGAGGGUCUGCUGUUCAACUGUCUUUUUCACAAGGAUUCAGAAGCAAGACAUGGACUGAAUUGGAAAAAGUGUUUUCAGAAGAUAUUUACCAAACCUGCAAACAUGUGAAAUUUCUGCAAAACACUUUGAACAAUGUACAUGUACAAAAUGUGCAAAUAUCUUUUGCCAAAAAAUUCUGGAUAGAUUUUGGCAAAUUCUUGGAAGAUGACAUUGGAAAAACAUCUCCAGCUGUUCAACAGAUGCUAGAAGAAGAUUAUCCAAAGCUGCUCAGGUGCUACAACACAUUGAUAAAGAAGCUUAAAUAUGAUUACUUCGUAUAUGAUUCUAAGGUGUUGAAGAAACUUGAGAGCUCAUACCUAUCAACUUCUCUGGCAAAAAUGUUGGAUCCCACACAGUCCAUGUUUAGUAAUGAAGGUGUCAUUCCAACACAUGAUCAGAUUGAUUCAUUGAUCAGGAUACUUACAAGGUCGGUAUUAAGGAUAUUGUGGAAGUAUGAUUUGAUAGUUAAUUUCUUUUAGUGAACUGAGUAUAGCACUGGUGGAAGAAAAUCUGAGUGAACAAGUGGCAAAAAAUGUUGCAAAGUGCAUAAAAAUGUUUGCUGUGAAGGUGGAACAACAAGUUGAAUCAGGACCAGAGGCAGCGCAAGUAAUAGGUGGGGCUCCAAACAUGGGCCAACAAAAAAAUGUUAACCUAGCCAACUCCUUGCACUAUCUCCAAUUACAAAUACAGAGGAUGUUGUCGAAUAUGAAAGAGAGUUUAAAUGAUCCAAGUAUGAAAAUUAUCAAUGACAGUCUUAAAGCUCUUGCUGAUUUGACAGCUGCUAUAAUCCAACCUCUGAUAGUUUCUAUGAAUGCUGUAAUUGAAACUAUCAUUGUGACUAUACAUUUGGAAAGCGACUGGGCAAAGUUGAACAUACCAAAUAAGCAUUAUCAUUCUUGUUCUCCAUACAUGAAAGAAUUGAACGAGUUUGUUUCAAGAGCCUACAAUAUAUAUUUGGCAAAGUUCGAGAACAAGGAAGUUCUGGCUUCAAAAUGUGGAGAAAUCUGUGUGAGAACUAUUGAAUUGUUUAUUCGGCAUAGUUCACUACUAAGACCUUUAUCCCAAGGUGGCCGCAUACGACUGCAAUCUGACUACCAGCAUUUAGAAAAUACACUGAAACUGAUCUAUCCUCAGUUGGCCGAUCUAGCGCAACCGUAUCGUCUGCUGAAAUCGAUGGCGACGUUGAUAACUCUGUCCCCAGAAGAAAUAGUAUCUAGACAAAUGAAAGGUAGCUGCAUCCCCGACAGCACAGUUCUCUUCACCCUGUUUGCGUUUGCUGGUUCCGAUCUGGCCAGUCCGCAUCAGAACACAAGUUGGUCUUUGCCAAAACUUUCCGCAUGGUUGGAUGAACACAAGUCUGAUGCAGACAGGCUUGACCUGAUUGCUGGCGCGUUGCAAAAAUACGAACAGAUUGUCAGGCAGAAAGAAUCUGACAAGUAUGAUCCAGUGUAUCCGAUAAUGGCGCAGUUUUUGGAGCAUUCCAUUAGACGGAGUGAUUGAAAUCGUUUUAUGUAUAUUUUAUGGAGUAAAGGAAUUUAUCGUUUUUACUUUUA